GAAGCGGCUGCUCACGUGAUUGUCCCGAGGUGUUGCCGUGGGCUGGGCUGUCCCGCGCCGGGCGAGGCCGGAGCAGGCGAGGGCCGCGGUGGGCGAGUGGGGUACGCGAGGCCGCGGCUUUGAGGCCUAGCAGCGGGGCAGGAGCAAGCGGAGGGAGCGCGUAUCUCUUGCCGCCGCCGGCGGGCCCGUUCAGAGCCAGAGGUGUGGGAUGCCGAACACAGCCAUGAAGAAGAAGGUGCUGUUGAUGGGCAAGAGCGGGUCUGGCAAGACCAGCAUGAGGUCGAUUAUUUUUGCAAACUACAUCGCACGAGAUACACGGCGCCUUGGGGCUACAAUUGAUGUGGAGCAUUCACACGUUCGAUUUCUGGGCAACUUGGUGUUAAACCUGUGGGACUGUGGCGGGCAGGACACCUUCAUGGAGAACUACUUCACCAGCCAGCGUGACAACAUCUUCCGCAACGUGGAGGUUCUGAUCUACGUGUUCGAUGUGGAAAGCAGAGAGCUGGAGAAGGACAUGCAUUACUACCAGUCGUGCCUAGAGGCCAUCCUCCAGAACUCCUCGGAUGCGAAGAUCUUCUGCCUAGUGCACAAAAUGGACCUGGUCCAGGAGGACCAGCGCGAUCUGAUUUUCAAAGAACGGGAAGAGGAUUUGAAGCGCCUGUCCCGCCCCCUGGAAUGUGCCUGCUUUAGAACAUCCAUCUGGGAUGAGACGCUUUACAAGGCAUGGUCCAGCAUCGUCUAUCAGCUGAUUCCCAAUGUCCAGCAACUGGAGAUGAACCUCAGGAACUUUGCUCAGAUCAUUGAAGCCGACGAAGUCCUUCUGUUUGAGAGAGCCACUUUUCUGGUGAUUUCCCACUAUCAGUGUAAAGAGCAGCGUGAUGUCCACAGGUUUGAGAAGAUCAGCAACAUCAUUAAACAGUUCAAGCUGAGCUGCAGUAAAUUGGCUGCGUCUUUCCAGAGCAUGGAGGUCAGAAACUCCAACUUUGCAGCCUUCAUCGAUAUUUUUACGUCAAAUACUUACGUGAUGGUCGUCAUGUCGGAUCCUUCCAUCCCUUCUGCAGCAACACUGAUCAAUAUUAGGAAUGCCAGGAAGCAUUUUGAGAAGCUGGAGAGGGUGGAUGGGCCAAAACACAGCCUGCUGGUGCGCUGAGCCGCCCCGAGGCGAGCGGCUGAAGGAACUGCUCCUUUCCUCGGAGGCAUCUGAUCUGGUGGGUUGUCUGUUUGUGGGCUUUGAAAUGAAUGUGCUGCUUUCCACCACAAUCUUGUUUUUUUCUCUUGAUGUCGGAGGCUGCUGUGCCAGCGACGUGGGGGUACUGCGGACCUUCUGGAACUGCUUCCCGAGCACUGGGAAGGGUCUCGGUGGCAUGGGAUUUGCUCCUUGUUGGAUUGCCAGGACAGCGCAGCGCAGCCAUUCCCAAUGUCCUGCUCUGUUCCAAAUGACGAUAAACUACAAAGAUGCGUUAUUUACUAUUUUAUCACCAAGUUGCUAGAGUACAUUUAUAAAACUUCUUGUCUUCAAUCAUGACAAUAAAUUUUGUUACCAGGGA